AUGCUUCACAAUUCAUACGAUGUUGCUGGCGAGUUUGGCGCCAAAAUGAGCAUUAGCGGUGGUGGCGCGACGCCGCCACCAAGAAAUCAGCUGCUGAGUGUCGACCAACAACUCCAACUCAUGAACACCAUCAACAAUAUGGUGCGCGCGAGUCAGUUCACCUCGCAGCUCGCCAACACGAUAUUCACACUGUGCGCCCAACUGAAGACGUCCGGCGCGAUGCUCGAGCAGUCGCACAAAAACGAACUCAACAAGGUGUUCACGUCGCUUCGACAGGCGUGCUGUCGCGACAACGGCCAACUCGGCACACCGUGCCGUCUGAAGAUCAUGGAGCUCGUCGAGUUGCGCGCGAUGAGCUGGCGCACCAAUUUGGCGCACAGUCAGUAUUAUGUGAAUCGGCCCGUGCAGCAACGCGAUCCGGCGCCGUCGGUGGGCAUUCCGGCGAGCAGUGUGCAAUCGACGCCGUCGCCGACGACGUCGCCGAACGCGCCGAUGCAAUUCGUGCCGCCGAAUCCGAUGUUCAUCGCGACGCCCGACCAUCAUCAUCAUCCUCAUAUGGCGAGCGCGCCCAACGCCGGCGGCAUUUUCUUCAUACCGGCGGCCAGCACGUGGAUGAAUCCGCUCAUGCAGAUGCCGCCGAAUCCGUUUCUGCCGCAGCCGAUGAUGCCGCCCGAUCAGAUGUUCAUGCGGCAGAGGAGCUUGAAGAAGCCGAGCAUGGGCAAUAAGACGGUCCAACUACGCCAUGAGAUGAUCAUUCGCAAUUCGGAUUCGGGCAAAAUUAUGGGCGUGAAGGGGCGUCGCGUCGCCGCCGUCGAGCAGCUCACCAACACCGUCAUCUCGUUUCAGAAGGUCGACGCGAAAUCGAAAGAGCGCACGCUGACGAUCACCGCGUCGACGAUGGACGACAUCGAGAAGGCGAAAGAUAUGAUCAUCGACACGAUUCGCCGCAAUAUGAGUCCGAUACGCGCCGAGCCGAUGAUGACGCCGACGGAUGUGACGGCGGCGGCGGCGACGGCGACGCCAGCCGAUGAUGAUGAUGGCGAUGAGGCGGAUGAUGAGCCGGAUGAGGAUAUCAAGUUGGAGCAGACGGCCGAUGGAAAAAUCACGUUUUGUUGCGAUGAUCCUGUGUUGCUAGCGGCGGCCCAGGAGGCGCUGUCGGCGUACCUCCGCGUGCGCAAUCGUCCGAGCGCCGAUGAGCGCGAGAAGAAGAAGGAGCGUCGCAAGAGUAUGCCGCUUCAGCAAUCGAAUCAGCAAGAGCCGUCGGCGAUGUUGAAGCCGUCGAAGGCGUUCCACGGCUCGACGCCGAAUCUCGCCGACGGUCUCGCGGCGACAACUAAAACGGUGGUCGUCACCAACUCGGCAGUUAGUCAAUCGUCGCGAAAUCGCGUCGACAAUUCGAACGAGUUUUUGCAGACGUCGUCGACGACGACGCCAGCGGCCAUUCGAUAUGAUCGCGACUAUUUGGUGCGUUUUCGCGACGAGACCCGUCCGCGAAUGUCGAGCGAAAUGCGAAACGAAAUCCGUCGAGUCGCCGCCGAUAUUCUCAUCGCCUAA